AUGGACUCGACGAAUAAACACAGCUCAAUUAACGAACUUCAGAAGCAAAUUCCCUCUCUGACUGAAGAACAUGUACAGCUGCAGGAACGAAAUGAAGUGCUGUUUAGUAAGCUUGAAUCCGUCCAGAACAAACUGGGCCAGCAGCCUGCGUCAAAAAGCAACCUGUCAGUCAAACUGGUCCAGUGUGAGGAAGACAAACUGAAGAUCUCAAAAUACCUAGUUGAUGUGCAGAUAGAGGCCAAUAAAAUGAGAGAGCAGUAUGAAGCGGAGAUCUUUGAACUGAAAAACAUGGUUUUAUCUCAGGAGGGCACCGCCUCGUCUCUUCAGACAGAGUGUGACCGGCUCAGAGAGGAAGUGUCAGCAGCAUCGGCACGCUUAGAAGUCAUUGAGCGAAGUGAGCGCGACCUGGCCGAAGAGUACGCAGUGCUAAAGAGCAACUUCCUGUCGUUGAGCAGCACUUACGAAAGAGAACGCACACACUCAGAGGAGCUCAGCGCUGAGCUGCUCGCCCUCGCGCACACACACGACACGCUCCUGCAGGAGAGAGAGCGCACACACAGACACACGCUGGAGGUGGAGAGGGUUCGAGCGCUGCUCAGCAGGACGUCCCAGAGCAGAGUCAGGCCCGAGGAGUUUGAACGGAGCAAGAGCCCAGUGGAAAGAAACGGAGUGCAGAAUAACCUGAGAGACGAGCUAGAAAAGCUGAGGAAAAGCUACAAGGGGCACCAAGGACUACUAGAGGAGAAAGUUGUGGCCAUGUGGAGGGAACAGCUGGAGAAUAAGAGAGCCAUUCAAAGCACCCGGCACGAGCUGUCCCAGCAGUCUGCAACGCUCAUUAUUUCUCAACAUCAGCUGAAAGAGGCCACGGCUGAGGUCUCUAAACUACAAAAUCAUCUGAAGGAACUCAACAGAGAGUACAGGGCACGACUUGCACGCUAUAUUCAGGACGUGACAGAGUGUGUAACUGUGGCCGGUGAUGGUGAUUUGGGACAGAAGUUGAAGGGGUUUGUUGAGUCCAUGCUGGAGGAGGUGAAAACAUCCUAUCGCUCCAGAGAGAAACAGCUCACUAAAGCCAUCAGAUCAUACCGCAAACACAUCCAGGGUCUGAGCAACACCUAUCAACAACUGCUUGUUGCUUACAGACUGCAAUGUGAGCAGAUCCUGGCACUCCCUGAACACGCUUUAGAAGCCGGACCCCCUGAGGCCCACUUCAGUCCCGCGGGGACCGAACUGAGAGGAGAGACCGACAGAGAGCUACACAGACUGAGAGAGGACAAAGCCUGCCUGGAGAGCCAACUGAAACUGGCUCGAGAACAGAUGGCUGUAUUAACAGAGUCCUCUCAGAGGGUUGGACUAACCCAAGAUGCCUGGAAUGAUGUUAUAAAGCAGCUCAAAGAAAUAACAAACUCCACACAGGAAGCUCAAGAGAGGGAGCGUGUCCAGCUGAUCGCCAGGGCGACGGUUGCCGAGGAGCGGGUGUCUGAGCUGAAGGAGUAUGUGGACAAUCACCUGGGCAGGUAUAAACUGGAGAUAACGAGGUUGCGCAGGCUGCUAGGAUCACAGGAGGGAAGAUCAAAUAGUGCAAGAACCCAUAAGCCCCGCCCACUUCACAAAUCACUGAAAAGCAGCAGUUAUAAAAUAUAGUGCAGAAGUGCAUAAGCCCCACCCACUUCACAAAUCACUCAAAAGCAGCAGUUAUGAAAUAUAGUGCAGCAGUGCAUAAGCCCCACCGACUCCACAAAUCAAUCAAACACAGCAGUUUUUUAAAUACAGUGAAGGACAUAAUAA